GCAGUUCAACAACCAUCUGUCAAAGUUUGUUGCGGAUUGCGUUACCGUGGUAACGAAGUUUAACAACAAAAAUGUAAGAAUUUUAUAUUCUCGUUUAAUGGUAUAAGUACAAACAAUUGCGGUGUUAUCUUUAUUUGCUAUUAAUGAUUUCUCAUGGCAGAAUUGCAUAUAUUAGGGCAACUACAGUGUGCAUCAAAUUUUCAAGAUAAUUCUUUAUUUUGUCGAUACUCAUUUCAAGCCGGUCCAAACUGGACAGUAGUUUCAGGGUGCCCCGAGGGGCAGACGGUGACAGGUAAACUAGAUCACGACAAAACGGUCGUCUGGUCACAUCCUCUUGAUAUUCACUACGUAACUAAAGGGGUGCAAGGUUGGCCGAAAUUAUUAGUCCAAGUGAGCUGUCUCGAUUCUAUUGGACGAUCCUGGAUAGUAGGCUAUGGUUGCUGCAGUUUGCCAGCCGUUCCUGGGCAUCAUACCAUCCAAGUAAACUGUUGGGUGCCAGCAACAACUUCAGUAACUGAUAGAAUCCGACAAUAUUUUUUAGGAGGGUCUCACCAGCUUGUUCAAAGUGAUAUAGUUAAUUUAGGAUUAAACAGGUUUAAGUUAAAAACUCAAUCAAAAGGGUCAGUUCAGUUGCAAGUGACCUUACUACUUAGGAACUUUAGUCAGUUUGGUGUAGAAUAUAAGUGAAAAAUGAAAGUCAUUACCUAUCUGGCCUUUACAUUUUUGUCAAUACUCAUCCAGUUUUGUGUUAUGGAUUAUAUUCAAGAGAAAAUUCAGACUGAAGAACUAUUGAAUCUCAGUGUAACUACGCAGAAACAAAUCUUAAAUGAUUUAUUAAAGAAUAUCAGCAACAAACCUCAUGCUCUAUACUACAGGACUCUCACAAGUAAAUCACUGAAAAAAGUCUCUCCAUCAAAGCUGUAUAAUAACUCCACCAUGCCAGAUGUGUCUAUAGGAACAACAGAUGGAUCUACAACUGUAUUUGAUGUUUUGUAUGAUGAAAAUACUUCUGAUAUAGAAGUAGCUACUUCAACCACUGAAAUGUACUACACAAGCACUGAAUUUGACAAUAUUACAGAAAUAACAUUCUUUGAAACCAAAAAUAAGUCAUCUAGUGUACCUAGUCACAAACCAAAGUUUAGUCAUAAUAUGCCUUGCGAAUGCAACUUAUUGUAUAAAGUGUGUGAUAUAAAUUGCUGUUGUGAUGAAGAUUGUUCUGAUACUCAUUAUAAACUGUUUCAAUGCCAAGAGCCCAGCAAGGGAGAUCGAAAAUCGGUAGAUGGGUGUGUGACUCAUUUAUUGGAUGAGCAGAAGUAUGGAGGCAGUAUGCUUGACGAUUUGUUUUGUAUUGUCAAGACCAAUUUACCAAGUAAAAGGAACAUUAAAAAGUUUGAUGAAGCUCCAGGUGUUUAUUACAAAUGGGAAAGCUCGUAUAAGAAACAUCAUUUAUAUGAAUUUAAAAAAGCCUUGUACAAGCGGGGUGAUCCCAUAUGGAUAUUGAAAAAUGGAAUAAUUUAUUAUUUAGAUUUCCCAGCAUCAAUGAUGAAUAGUUACUGUACGGAUAGAGUGCCUAUAACAUUCCUUAAAGAGGAGAAAAUGACAUGUAAUGUUAAGCUUACAGAUUUAGAAAUGUUUAAUAUUUUAAAAACUUCAGAAGAAGCUAUGGUUAUUAGUGCUACUAACAACACAAUUAAUAGUACUACUUUGAAUUGCACAACUCUCCAUUGUAUCAAUUGGACCAUCCUUAUGUGUGAAAAUGGAUUCUGUAAGAAUUACAAUAAAACUCAAAAUGAGGCAUCCUGCACAGAAGAAGUUUGUACCAACAUUGCUUUGAAAGUUGAAUACGAAUUCUAUUAUUACGAUUUUAAGAUUAUGAAUGCGACUAUAAAAUUACACGUUCAAAAUAUUUCGAAUGCUUUGCCAUUAAUGAUGCAAGAAGUCAGAGUACAUUUUUAUAUGGCAAAAGGGUCUAUAGAACACGUAAUAGAGUUAAGUGGCAAUCUAGGAUACAUCAAUGGCCUUCCGGUAAUUGCAUCAUAUGCUGGUAAUAAUUACACCGAACACUUUUUUAAUAAUACUUCGGAAAUAAGAAGCCUUAUUUUACCAGAGAACAGAAAUGGACUGUGUGUUCGAACAAAUACAUCAAAUAAUUUUGCAAAAUUUGGGGUGAACAAAAGGACCAAGUGUCGCUAUACUUAUUCACCUAAGAACAAAACAAAACAAAAAUUAUGCAACAAUAUACAAGCGGAUAUUUAUAAACUGCUGAGAUUAAACAAUAAUAUAUCGAUAUCCCCAUUCGGGAACCCACAAGAUAUCACUGAUGACAAAUGGUUACAUUUGGAAUUAGACAAACAUAACUUGGAACCUGUUUAUGGAGAUUAUAAUGAAAACACUUUUAAACUUUACUGUUAUAAUUUAAUUAACAGACUCUCUAUCACCUUCAUGUACGCUAAGGUUGACGAAAACAGUCACACAGAACAGAACAAAAUUGUUUCGGCUAAGUACGAAGCCACUAUGGAUAAUUUAACUUUUAGUAGUGAAGACAUUUCAUUCGUUAUUACUAUUGAUAUUAAUUUCGUGGAUCUAUCUAAGCCAAGUGAUAUUGAAUAUGCUGGAGGUCCACAUAUAAAUAUUCAUCUACCCAAAGAUUUUUUCUUCCCCUUCCCCCAAAAUAGCUGUACUCCCCUGGUCAACACAUGCUUUGUAACAAUAUGCUGUUAUGUUAUGUUAUUUUUUGCAAAUAAAAUAACUCUUGGAUAAUAACUAAUAAUUUUUAUUUUGAAAUAAUUUAAAUACUUUUGUUACUUCUAUCACUUCUAACUUGGCAUCCCCUUCAAGGACUUAACGAUCUUGAGUUUGUGGUGGCCUGAAAAUAAAACCCAUUUUAGGUUCAAUUAGACCACGUUAACCCAAACUUGCUAGAUAAGAAGUAGCGAUAUUCAAGAGGCAAAUGAGAAUUUAAUAAAACAUAGUGUUAUAAAGGAAGUUUUUAAUAUAGCCGCAUCAAGUAAACGAGGUAAACUAUAAUAGUACAUGACGUUAGGGUACUAGAGCUAUAUUGGUAUUUACAAUAUUUUUACAUAAUUAAUCUUCACAGAGUAGUCUAAUAAAAUAUAAUGAAAAGCAAAGGAGACAGUAAAUAUAAACUGAAGCUGCUUUUACACAAUCGAUCGGAGCAAUGUGGAGAUGUCGCUACAAACCUAUGCGACGUAAGUGUAGACUUUGCGGUCGUCAGGCGUGCGAGCGAGGUACUCUCGUUCAAUGAGCCCUUCGAUGCGUUUCUUGAUGACCACUGGCGACGGUAGGAAACGUGCACGUAAUUGUUCUGUUACUUCGGCGACC